AAAGAGAGGGAGGGAAGGAAAGAGAGGGAGAGAUAGGGAGGGAGGGACUGACCAGAAUGACGGAGGGAGGAGGGACAGGAGGAGGAAAGUAGAGGAGAGGAAGAGAGAUAUUGAAGUAGUCAGCACAGUUAGCGAGUGAGGGAGGGAGCCAGGGAGAAGAGAGAAAGAAAGAGUGAAAGAGGGAGCAAAAAAAUAAAGAGCAAAAGAGGUACAGUUCAGCAAAUCAGGGCUUUCAGCCAGUCACAGCUAUUCUCUACUCAGCUGCUGUGUUCUAGCCAGAGAGGAGAGUUUCACUGCCUCUGAAAAGCGAGAGAGAGAAACAAAAAAACGAGAGAAAGAGAGAGGGGAAAAAGCUAACUCGCUGUGGAAGAGUGGGAGAGAGAGAGCAAGAGAGCAAGGGAGACAGAGAGAGAGAGGCAGAGAGAGAGAGAGAGAGAGAGUGAGAGAGAGAGAGAGAGAGAGAGAGAGAGAGAGAGAGAGAGAGAGAGAGAGAGAGAGAGAGAGAGAGAGAGAGAGAGAGAGAGAGAGAGAGAGAGAAAGAAAGAAUAAGAGGUUCUCUGUCCAGAGUUUAGGAGGAGAAAAUGGAUUCCGAAUCGGGGGAGCAGAGUGAGGGGGAUCUCUCUCCAGGCCAGGAGUGUUUCAACUCUCGCUCCCUGGCCCUCCAGGCACAGAAGAAGAUCCUAUCCAAGAUGGCGACCAUGGCGGUGGCCAACCUCCUGACGGACGACGUCAGCAGUGAGAUCCUGGACGAGCUGUACAAGGCCAGCCGGGAGUUCACCAAGAGUAAGAAGGAGGCCCACAAGAUUGUCAAAGACGUCAUCAAGAUCGCCCUGAAGAUCGGCAUCCUGUACCGCAACCACCAGUUCAGCCCGGACGAACUGGACACGGUCGAACGCUUCAAGAAGAAGAUGAACCAGGCGGCCAUGACGGCGGUCAGUUUCUACGAGGUGGACUACACGUUCGACCACCGCAUUCUGUCAGAGUUGCUGCUGGAAUGCCGGGAUCUUCUACAUGCGCUGGUGGAGCAGCACCUGACCCUGCGGUCGCACACUCGCAUCGACCACGUGUUCAACCACUUUGCUCACGGGGAGUUCCUGGCCGAGCUGUACGGAGACGGAGAGGAGUACAGACUGUACCUGAGGAAGAUCUGCAACGGGAUCAACAAACUGCUGGACGAGGGAACGCUUUAACCUCUGACCCCUGAUCUCUCACCUCUCAACUUUGACCUGACAUUUGACCCUGCUGGUCGUUCCCUUCCUAUUACUCAAUCUCCAUGGUUGUGGCUCAAUAAUCCCCCCAUUCCCAUGAAGUGUGCACUUGUUCACUUCACUUCAUGGAUUUGAAAGGAAAUGAUUGGUAUAUGGAACCUCCUUGAAGCCCAUGUCUACACUAAUCCAAUAUUUUUACAUUAGUUGGAGUAGCAAAUGAGUGCACACUUCAGGAAGAAGGAGAGAUUAUUGGGACACACUCCUCUUCCUCCGGUCUCUCUACGGAUCUGCUUUCCCUCCUCCUCUCAUUCCUUCUCUUUUUUUAAAUCCGCUCCUGAUCUGUUCUGUUCUACCUUUAACCUUAUUUUUCCUCCUGUUCUCCCACUUCCUCCUCUCUUUUCUCUCCUCCUGUUCUCCCACUUCUUCCUCUCUUUUCUCUCCUCCUCUUCUCCAACUUCCUCCUCUCUUUUCUCUCUUCCUCUCCCACAUCUUCCUCUCUUUUCUCUCCUGCACUGAUCUCUCUUUUAUUCUACUGAGCUUCCUGGACUCCUUGUUUCUCUCCUUAUUCUCCUGCUCCUCUUCUUUCCUCUCCUUGUUUCUCUCCUUAUUCUCCUGCUCCUCUACUUUCCUCUCCUUGUUUCUCUCCUUAUUCUCCUGCUCCUCUCCUUGUUUCUCUCCUUAUUCUCCUGCUCCUCUUCUUUCCUCUCCUUGUUUCACUCCUUAUUUCUAUGGAGUUUCCAUGACGUUGAUGAACUGUAUGUAUAAUUCUAAGAUAUUUAACUGGUGUCACAACUCUGUUCUGUGAGGUAUUUUCUCUACAUCCCUCUCCCUCUCCCUCUCCCUCUCCCUCUCCCUCUCCCUCUCCCUCUCCCCCUCCCUCU